AUGGAGCAGCAGAGGGAUUAUGCCAGACAGAUUCAAGAGAGUCUCGGCCGUUCUAGAUCUGAAAGCCCCUGCCAGCCCAUGAUGCGAGGGCGUUUCGUCGAUCGCUUAGAAGCUCUACAGCUUGUGGCUUUGCCCUUGGGUCUCAAAGGAAUAAGCCUCCAGCGCGAAAGUGUUCUGCUCACCUUGAGGUCACAUUGCCUCCUGCAUCGGAAUGGAAAGUCCUGGGCACUGUCCCUCCGGACGCAGCGACGCUACCUUGAGCGGCUUGUGAAUCUCCAGAUUCGGUUACGAUCCUCUGCAAGAGAGAUCCGGAGAAAUGAUUUGGUGUCUAAAGAGUCGGCUGCAAAGUCCGGCCUGCAAGAGUGCUUCCAACUGCCCCUCCUAGCGUCCCAAACAGGUUACAUACCCUCAGAUCUUGACCGGCGUGCUUUGGCGCACGAUGUGGCGUACCCUUACCAACGUCGAGCAGGAGAAGUGAGAACUUGGCACGUCUGGGUGGAUCGGUUAUCCAUCCUGUUCUCACGGUUUCUGGCCAAGCUGGUGUACCAGCUCAAGGCUUUGACAGCCAGCUUAGACCACGCUUUCCUCCAAGGGGGAUCCCAAGUCUUCUGGGGCUCCGAAGAAGCGACGUUGGUGCAAGGAAAGGUCUGGCACUGGCCGAACUUCCGGCAAGGGAUUCCUUCAGCCGCCUCAAAGCGGCCGAUCCCUUUCGCCACCGCCGUGGCCUUCCUCCUCUCGAACCGUACCUCGCAGGAGGAGAUGGAAGCAGCCUGGGCUGCGGCGAUGUCCUUGGCGCAGGUCAUGGAAGACUUAGAGGUGCUCUUCCUUGAAGACUCUCUCCGCGAAGCUUGGGAGACAAACUACCGUCCCGUGCACGCUGGCGAGCUCUCAAGACGGGCACGUGCCGUCAAGAAGGGCCGGGUUGAAGUCCUGUGGCGUCGGCACCAAGCCACCUUGGACAAUUCGGUUGUUCUGAGGGAGCACCUGGGAGAGAAGCUCGGCGUCGUAGUGCCGCUGCGUUUGGCCUGCCUGGACCUCCGGCAAAGUACCCGAAACGCCAGCCAGGCGGUGACGGAAGAGCUCUUGUCGCGGCUGAUCCGCUGGGCCCAGGUCGAGGAGAGAUCAAUGACCUUCUUCCGGCCUAGGAAGGAAGGCCAUGUGGAGCUAGAAGGCCCCUUGCCAGACCUCCGAACACGCCAUGGCAUUUCCCCCUUCCUGGGCCCAUAUUUGGAUUUCCACCGCCGGUGCAUCAGCCGGGCUUCGGCGUCCGAGGCAGCUGGGACACAAUGUCGUGCUUUGGUCUACGUGUGCAACCCCUUCACCCUUUGUGGUGGCCACGGCGACCGCACAAAUGGCAUUCUCUCCGCCUUCACCCUGGCCUUGCUGACCUCCCGCGCCUUCUUCAUCGACUUUGACUCGCCCUUGCCCUUGACCCUUCUGCUCCAGCCGCGCCUGGGGCCGUCUGGUGAGGCGAUCUUGGACUGGCGGAUGCAUUCCUUGGGCUCCAUCGGCCAAGGCGCCCAUCUCUUCUACCUGGAUGAUCGCAUCUCCUUCCAGGAGGAUCUGACCUGGCUGCUGGAAGACCCGAGCCCGAUUCUCCAGGUUUCCAUGAACCAUCGCGAGCUGAAAGUCCUCCUGGCGCACGAGCUCUUGAGGAAGCAAGCCGAGCAGAUGGAGCUGAAGCAGGUCUCCCACCUCGCUGCGAGGCUUUGGGACACCCUCUUCCAGCCCACGAACAUGCUCCAGCAACGCUUGCAGCAAGCAGCAGAGGAGCUUGGAAUUUCAGAGAUGGCGCUUCCCUGGAGCGAUGGAAACAGGGGCCCUAAGGGGAGGGGCUUCUUGGGCAUCCACUUCCGUGCUGGCAACGAAUCUGCGCGGCUUUGGUGGGAUCCGUUUCGGCAUUCUCUCGGAAGCUUGGAGAAGUUUCUCGACUGCGCGAGAGUGGCCGAAAGUGAAUUGCAGAUGCCUUCCAGCACGCCCUGGUUUCUCAGCACUGACACCACUGAAGCCCUUGAGAUGCCCCAAGUCCAAUCUCUUCGAAACUCGGGGAAGCUUCGGGUUUUGGAGGCGGAGAAGGGCUGGAAGUUGGCCCACGUGGACCGGUCCCACGCCAAUCUGGGCUUGCAAGGCUUCCAAGACUCCUACGUGGCCUACAUGCUUCUAGCUUCAGCGCAGGUCGUGAUCCUCUCCCGUUCCUUCUUUGGUGAGACGGCCGCCGAGAUCGGGGCAGUGCCGCACGUCUAUUUCGCCGAGGGCUGCGUGCAGACCGACAUGCGGAGCUCAUAG